AACUUUCCCCCAUCUCACUUAUUUCCUAUAGCCAACUAAUUCAAAUUGUAAUAUGUACAGACUUGUUCUUCGUCGUUCAUUUGUUCCUCAUCUCUCUCAGAGGAAAAUUCUAGGAGUAAGAUCCAUGGCCAGCGACAAUAGUGACGGCGACUCCACAGAUCCCACUUUAAGCAACGCUAGUUCUGCUAGGGAAGGAUCUAUUGCUAGACGAGGAAAGGCUAAGGAGAACCAAUUUAUUCAUGAAAUUGAAGUUGAACAACUCAGAAAAUUAAAAGAGCAAUUGAAAUCCCACCGCGAAGACCUUGAUAAAUUGGAGUCCCAAGUAGACUCCAAACUACCCAAGGAUGAUAAAUAGAGGAUAACGUAUUUAUCUCUCAUUGCCCUUAUUUGCUGUGUUUUCAUGGCUAUUGAUUCAAACCCUUCUCUUGAAUACAGCGUUUUAGCCCUAAUAUCACAGAAGUUACUAUGAGAUUUGGCUAAAUAAACUAGGAUAUACUCAUGAUCAUCACCUCCCCUUAUAUUAAGCAGAUCCUUACUUUAAAUAAGGUUUACUUUCAUAGCUAACUAAAAAUUAUUAAAUUCUCAUUUUUCCCAAAAACCUCAACUGACGUAUAAUCCAG